AUGAACGUACCCGGCUAUUUGAAAAUUUCUGACUUGUUACGUCAAAAUGAAGUAAAGGUAAAGAGUAAAGGAAAAGCCAAUGCGGUUGAUCAUGCAACACUUUUGUUAAAACACGCAAACAAAGUUCAAGAAGAAUGGAAGACAAAUUUAUUGAAUUUCAAAGAAAUUCUUCAAAAAAGUCGAAGUAUUCAAAACGAAUUUCGAGAUGAUGAAUUAUUGGAAGAUGAAUAUGGAUCUGAUCUUAUAUAUAACAACCUUCCAACUAAAUUUUACUAUGAUGACUAUUCCGACAGUGAUUCUGGUUUACAUGAGGAAGAUCUCGACUUUGACCGAGAUAAGAAUAUACCGUAUGACAAGGAAUGGUUACUAGGACAGUGUCGAUUACAUAUUGCCUCAUUCUGUGAUGCAGAUGGAGAGAUAACUCCCGAAAAGUUAUAUGACGAUAUUCAAACAGAAUUAGUCGAUCUUAUUGGCUUCGAUAACCUAAAUUUUGUUACCACACUGGUAACUAAACGAUCCACAAUCCUUGAAAAUAUUAUUAGUAAAUCACUAUAUGUAGAGAUCCCACCAGAUUCACAGAAGCAUUCCUCUGUUACUAUAAUUAAACCUAAAGAAAAAAAUAAAUUAGAGAAUGAGAGGAUAACGAAGCGUUUACGGAAGGAACAGAAAAAAUCGGCAAAACAAAAAAGCACAGAGGAAGAAGAUUUGACCUCAGCAAAUAUUUUAGGGUUUAGUCUUGAAAAAUUACGCGCCAUUCGCGAACAAUCAUUGCGUAACGCAAGAGAUACUCCGUUACGUUCCAAAAGGAUUAACCCAUCUGAAAAUUAUAAACACGUCUUUGGAAAUGCCCAGACGGGUAGCGUACUUUCCGUGUUUGGAACCACAUAUUCUCUACCAGUCGGCACUCAACGUGAAGAAUUUGAUGCAAAAAUAAUCAUUCCAAUUACUAGGCGAGCUCCACAGAUGGAAAAUGAACAGCUAAUUCAUCUGAAUGGAACCGAUAAUCUUUGUAAGGGUUCGUUUAAGGCAAGCUAUAAAACAUUGAAUCGUGUACAAUCACUUGUUUACCCUGUUGCAUAUAAAAAAAACGACAAUUUAUUAAUUUGUGCUCCUACCGGAGCGGGUAAAACAGAUAUAGCCAUUCUUACAAUACUACGAACAUUAAAGAGCUUUUGUUUUCCCGAACCGUUGGUCCAACAGGAGCCUCAAGAUUUUUUAAUCGAUAAAAAUGAAUUUAAAAUAGUGUAUAUUGCUCCUAUGAAAGCUCUUGCUGCCGAAAUUGUAAAAAAGCUUGGCGAUCGAUUAAAGUGGAUUGAUGUGCAAGUUAGAGAACUUACAGGAGACAUGCAACUGACUAAGUCUGAAAUUUCAAAUACACAAAUCAUCGUUACAACCCCCGAAAAAUGGGAUGUAAUUACAAGAAAAAGCACAGGAGACGUCGAGCUUUCUCAAAAAGUGAAACUUCUUAUUAUUGAUGAAAUUCAUUUAUUACAUGAGGAUCGGGGUGCUGUUCUUGAAAGUUUAGUCGCACGCACCCGUCGUCAGAUUGAAUCAAGUCAAAAAAUGAUCCGUAUUGUAGGCCUUUCCGCUACGUUACCCAAUUAUGUCGAUGUAGCUCGAUUUUUAGGAGUUGAUCUAAAAAAUGGUGCCGAGGGAUUAUUUUAUUUUGACGGUGGUUUUAGACCUGUACCGUUAGAACAACAUUUUAUUGGUGUUAAGGGUAAGCCCGGUUCGAUUAUUUCUAAUAACAACCUCAAUAUGGUUUGCUGGAAGAAAGUUUUGGAUCUCGUCAGAGAAAAACAUCAAGUGAUGAUUUUUGUUCAUUCGCGUAAAGAUACUGUUAGGACGGCAAAAGUACUACAUGAGUUUGCAUCAAAUGAUGGAAAUUUAGAUUUAUUUGAUAUGUCUACUCUCGAUGGGUAUAGUCUUAAAAAGCGAGAUGUUAUGAAAUCAAGAAAUAAAGAAUUAAAAGAAUUAUUUCAAUAUGGUCUUGGUAUUCAUCAUGCCGGCAUGUUGAGAGCUGAUCGAUCAAUGACAGAACGUUUGUUUUCCGAAGGAUUUAUAAAGGUCUUGUGUUGUACUGCGACGUUAGCUUGGGGUGUAAAUUUGCCAGCUUAUGCAGUAAUAAUUAAGGGAACGCAAGUAUAUAAUUCUCAAAAGGGUAGAUUUGAUGAUUUAUCAAUUUUAGAUGUAAUGCAGAUUUUUGGCAGAGCAGGUCGUCCACAGUAUGAAACACAUGGUGUUGGCUAUAUUUUGACAACACAUGACAAACUAUCACACUACGUGUCUGCAAUGACACAACAACAUCCUAUUGAAUCAAAAUUUAUAGAUAAAAUGGUUGAUAAUUUGAAUGCAGAGAUUUCUCUCGGUACAGUGACAAAUGUUGAUGAAGGAGUUCGAUGGCUGGGUUAUACAUAUCUAUUUGUACGUAUGAAAAUGAACCCACUUGUAUAUGGAAUGAAUUAUUCGGAACGAGAAAAUGAUCCAGAGUUAGGUAAACAACGACGUGAACUUAUUGUGAAGGCUGCAA